AUGGUGUCAGGAGAGUGUUUUGAGGCGCCUCAGUGCCCUUCUUAUUGCUGCUAUUCUCCUUCUUCACGCCAGGACUUUGUUCGUUCUCUGUCUGCCCGGAGACGCUACUGGGCUCGCAGCUUCAUUGGCUGGCGGAGAUUUUCAGCUGCCCGACCAGGAACCGCACACAGAGCAUUGGCGCGGCUGCAUGCAAGGGGGAGGCUGGAGGGCGGCAUUAUCACUCAGAACGUUGACAGGCGUGGUGGAGGCGUGAUUGGGGAGGUCACUGAGGGCAUUGGUGCGCAGGGCACUGGCACGGCUGCACGAGAGGGGGAGACGGGAGGGUGGCAUUAUCACGCAGAACGCUGGCAGGUGGUCUGCAUGGAAUGUGGCGACAUCUCAUGUCGAAGAAUCUUCCAGGAAAGGAUCAAAGGAGCCAACCCAGAGUGUGCAGUAGCAUUGGAGCAUUUGGCGGAGGGCAGGCUGGCAGGGUCGGAUGAUUCAGAUGGGGGCAGCCAGAUGGGGGAUAUUGAGAUCAGCUGGGCAGCAGCGGUGGAGCACUUGGAGGAGGGCAAACCAGCAGGGUCAGACGAGUCAUUCGGCAUGAGGAGGCGGCAGCAGAGGAUUGUAGAGUCUGGGAGUGCUGAUUCUGGAAUGUCUGAACGAGAGUUGAUGGGCAUGAGGAGGCGGCCCGAUGGGGAUAUAGAGAUCAGCGAGGAGGAGUGGGAGAGACAUGGCGAGUUUGUUGUGCCGAGCUGUGGUGCAUGUGGCGGCGUGCUGAAGCCCAAUGUUGUACUUUUUGGCGACAACCUUCCACCUGCCCGCAAUCAAGAAGCUGCCCGGAUGAUGUCAUCUGCCGAGUCGCUAUUGGUCGUUGGCUCCUCGCUGAUGGUGCUCUCAGCUUUUAGGAUCGCAAGUCAAUGCAUGCAUGAAGGCACGUCGCUAGCACCGCUAGCUGUGGGGCCAAGCCGUGCUGAUAAAAUUCCGUGCUGCCCCUGCCACUACCCAUUCCGCCACCCGCUUCAUUCCCCCACCCUCCUCUCCCCUUCCAGCCAAUGUGUGCAUGAAGGCAAGCCGUUAGCACUGCUAGCUGUGGGCCCAAACCGUGCUGAUGGCAUUGCUCAGAUCAAGAUAGAGGCGCGAUGUGGGGAGGUGAGAUGCGGGGAGGUGAGAUGCGGGGAGGUGUGA